AUGACUUGGUCGCGACGUGGUGGAGACCUUUUCGCCCUGGACGUCUUUAGGCGUUAUGAUUGGGGAGACGGCGCCUUGUUUAAUGGUAGACUUGAAGGACGUGAGGUAGAAGUCAGAUAUGAAAUGGAACAGAGGCACUCGGAUAUGGUUGUGCAGUUGGAUUCACUGAACGAGGUAUGGCGUUAUAGUGUUGGUCAGACGGCAAAGGGGGUACAGAUUCAUCUGCGGAAGCAGGAAAGUCAACGAAAAGAACGGGUCUCAGCUAUGUUUAUUAUCGUCUAUACACCCAACUCGGUGCAUUCGAAUCAAUUCACCCCCUUUACCACAACGACCGUUUCAUUGGCCGCAUUCCAACGAUCUUUUCCCCCUCCUCAUACGGUGGCGUCUGUCAAGCGGUCCCUCUGCAAACUUGAGGGCCUUUUGAGGCCCGAAAAGGCGCUUUUUUUCGCAACUCUCUCAAGCCCAGCGCCCAAAGAGGACUCUGCUCGCCUCUCUCUUUCUGCUCCUUCUGGGCCAGGCUUGUUUGAACAAGAUCCGAUCGCGCUAGUCGUCGAGUCGGAGAAGAGGACCAACUUGAACAUUACGCUGUCGGAGAAGCCCCCGGAAUGGUCUGAUGAUACUGAUGUCCACUACGAGGGAGAAGGCGAAGGAAAGGCAAAGACAUCCUUCGAUGAAAAUGAUAUUUCGUUAGGGCGCAUCGACACCCUCUACAUCGCUCCCCCUCUCACUGCAGGGUCUUUGAAAGCACAUAUCGCAAAAGCUGAAGGUCUGGUCAUGCCGGGUCAUCCACUGUACAAGGAUAUGGAACUCUUCCAAGACGCGAAUAGUGACGCUGCCAUGAGCGACACUGAUAUCAUAUCCUUUGAAGAUGACAAUUAUCCCGGUAGUGAUGAAGGCGACCCCGUAGCCCUUGUUAAUGCCAUCACCAACACAGCAGCGGGCCAAAAGGCUAAGCCUACACCAGCACGCUACGAAGUAAACAAGCACACCUGGCUAUCAGUAAUUCAAGAUGAGAUCGUUCAUGCGGAUGGAGUUGUCGUCUCCAUGAUAAACUGGAUUGACAAUCGGUAUUAUCCAGCAUACAUGGCGAUUAAUUCCAAGGGUGAAAAAGGCUUUGUGGAACAGGAAUAUGUUAAUUGA